AUGGCCAGAGACAAUUUAGAGGAGGCAAAUGCAGUAAGGCUUGCCGAACUGGUGAAUCAAAGAUUCGAAGAUAAUCAAAAUUCAACUCCCAAGAUACAAAGAGUUCCUAUAUUUUUGCGUCAAAAUCCACACUUUUAUAGGUACUGCAAACCCAAGAUGAUAUCAUUUGGUCCCAUCCAUCACCGCAAAGAAAAUCUGAAGCAACAAGGACAACUCUUGAAACUUCAAUGGACAUCCCUCUACAUUGAAAAGUACAGUAAACUACCUACUUGUAACGGUAACAAACAAACCGCCGCCAAUUAUUUAUUCGGAAUUGUACAAAAUAACAUAGAGGAAAUAAAGGAGCUCUUCUCUAAGGAUGUGCUUGAAGGCUAUUGUAAUAAUGAACUGACAUGGAUGUUGUUCGAGGACGCAUGUACUUAUCUGUUUUGCUUGGAGAAUUUUGACAUUGAGCAUCCAGAAGCUCUGAAUCUAAAGGUUGAUCAAUGGAUGCAUAUUUGGCGAGAUAUGACCUUGCUAGAGAACCAACUUCCAAUGAAGCUGUUGAAGCUGCUCAGCACACAAAAAGGCUCAGCACACAAAAACUGCACUGUGAUGAUUAGACUUGCAUAUACAGCUGAAUCAGUUCAUCAUCUGCUGGGUUUUGUUCGAUCUUACUUUGUUGGUGAAACUGAAAUGGAGACUGAGAAAAUAGGAAGUGAUUUGAUGGCUCAUCUUCCUCUUCUUCCUCAUCCUUGGCAAACUUACAAGAAUGUCCGUGAUCUUAAAAAAUCUGGGAUUCGAGUUGCGAAGGCAAAGAGUCCUGAAUGGAAAUGGAAUAACUUGUCUUUCACGUCAAGAUGGUUUAGUGGCAAAUUGAGACUUCCUGUUUAUGUAUACAAUGAUGUCACGCCUUAUUUCUUUCGAAACUUGAUUGCUUAUGAGAUGUGUCCAGACUUUUGUAGCAGCUUCGAAUGCUGUUCGUUCUUUUCUUUCAUGGAUUCUUUGAUUGAUGAUGCUGAGGAUGUGAAGGAGCUUAGAUCAGCUGGUGUUAUCCAAAAUUUGCUUAAGAGCGAUCAAGAACUGGCAGAUUUUCUUAAUGAUAUUGGCCAUGAAUUGCCUACCAAAAUAUUUAAUCAUCUGAGGAGCGAUGCUGCCCCUUUCAGCAAGAAAUAUAUUCAAGUCAAGUUUCAAAUUGAAAGACAUUACUCAAACAAGUGGAGGACUUGGUUGGCUGAAGCACGCAGUACUUAUUUCAAUUCUCCAUGGUCUUUGCUUGCUUUUCUUGCUGCGUUUACAGCAUUAGUUCUCACUUUUAUUCAAACAUGGUAUGCCGUGCAUUCUAAAGAUCAAUGA